AGACUCAGUCCUUCUCCCUGCAUCUCAUCAGGCGUGUGUAUGUGUGUGUACUUCUGAGGAUGUGGAUCCAUGAGGAGGGGGUGUGAUGGCGAGAUUGCGUAGAGAGGUUGUUUCUGGACAGAUCUCUCUUCAUUCUUUCACUCUUUCAAUGAGGAGGAUCCCCGCUUUGUUGAGAUACCUUUGGCUGUAAAGGAUGCGAUACGCCGCCCGCACUGGGGCGCAAGGUAAAGCGGGGGCGAUGCGUCAAACUGGAGGAAAUCCCGUGCAGUAGCGGGGCGAGUGCAGCUAAGAAAACACUGUUAAUGAUAAACUGGAUUCACCGUUUUAAAUCGGUGAUGUGCUGAUGUUGUUAAAUUAAAGAUGGAAAGGAUAGCUGCACCGCUGGAGGCUGUUAGAGAUCUUAAAUGCGUCAUAUGUGCGCAUUUUUCUGUUGUUGCGCAGUUUUUUAGAGGCUGGGAUGAUAGUAAAGGGCUGGAAAAGAUCCUUAAAGUACCUUAAAAGAGAUUUACUCUUAAAAGGAUCAUAUAAAGCUUCAAAUCCAGCUUUUGUGUGUGCGCACUGGCAGUGGGCUGAGUGCAGUGCAGCCUCCUCUGCCUGUUGACUGACAGCUCUGCUGCACUGCAGUGAUUCCUCCGCGGCUUCCCUCCGCUUUUGUCGCCCCUGCUCCUGCCAUACAUCAGUCCUCACACGGCGAUUAUAUCUCGCUCUACUGCGCGCCGGUUCCUCCCAUUUAGCCCCUGUCUGUCGGGGACUUGCACCGUGCACCGAGUGACGAGAACACCGGCUUUUUACGCAGGAGUGUGGAGGGGCUGGUGGUGAUGCUUCAAACGGCUCUUUGUUGUCCCCCGACACUCCCUUUAAUUAACCAUGACUAUAAUUACUGAGCCACGCUUGUAUGAGCCGAAAAGCUGCCACGUCUCCCGUGUGCUUUUAUUUUGACAUCUUUUAUGCAGCAAUUGGUAGAAAAAAAAGAUUGAUAGUUGUAGUUUUAGACAUUUGUUAGGAGUAUCAUCAUUAAAAUAUCCCCAAACACCAUCACUGACAUCUUGGUCUCAUUCCAGUGCCUAUUUUUAAAAACCACGAUGCUCCCCCUGCACCCCCAAACUCUAAAAAAUGUAGUUUUCGUUUCCUGUGAGGAGAUGUCGGAGCUGCAGCCCUCUGUGGAUGUGUCUAAUCUCGAACCAGUCGCUGAAAAAAGCAAAACUAGUUUGAACUGGAUCAUUAGGGGCAACCUGCUAUUGAUAAGGCUGCACCCACCCCCACUCCCUCCCUCUUCCUUAAGGUAUCCCCUCCCCCCCUCCUCCCACCAUAGGGCCACAGAGGGAAGGAGAGGCAUGAGGAGGAGGAGAUGGAGGGGGGAGGUGGAUAACCUGCAGAGUCAAAAAUGCGCUCACACACUCUCUGCUCAGCUCGGAUAUUCUCUCGACAUGGAAACUGCAGCAGAAAGAUGGUUGUCUACGCGUCAGCACCUGCCCUGCAGCGUUCUCACCAUGCCGACCGGGCCUGAGGAUGCUCUGAGCAUGCGCAGUACUGCCCUUUGGUUGCUUCCAGGCGCUGCUGCUUUCAAGUGCCGUCGGUUGGUUUUCAUGUUGUCAAAUGAGCACAUAAAAACACAGCAACGUUACAAAAUAAAGACGAGUUUACGUUAAUAUUCCUCUGAUGAUCAUAAAUUCGAAGAGAUAUCAAAGUGAUAUAUGUGGUAGUUAAGAUUAAAGCAACUACAAAGAGUGGAAAAAGACAGUCACAAAACCAAACACAAAAUUCCAAUUUAAGUACCUUCAAAGUGAGACAAGAACAGUGAAAAGGACCUGACCUUUUCAGUGGAAUAAUAAAACAUCAGUACUCAUAUUUAGAGGGUUUGUUUUGUUGAAACUUUUGCCUGGCUGAAUUAAAGACAACAAGUGACACAGCAGAAGUGGGCAGUCGUCUCAGAGUGUCCUUGCCACAGUACCUGUGUACGUGCAAAACCAUGCAAUGCAACUAUAAGGAUUGAUUCUGAACCACAAGUUUCAGUGUCAAACUCUUAAAGUCACUCGACUUUUUACUGUCGAAGUUCGUGUAAAAACAAGAAUGACUUUCACAAGAUCCAAAUGCCGCUCAGUCAGGUACUCUCGGGAAAAUAUGUCUAAAACUUUUUGCACUUGAUCCUUUGGGGAUCAAUAAAAAACACAAACACAACGACAAACCAUGACAACAGAAAACUAAAACAAGUUACUUUUGGUGGUCAAGGUUCGAGAAGCGAGUAAUGAUAAAGACACAAAUAAGAAACACACAGGAAUCUCACAAAAGCACCACACAGAGACAGAAAUGGCCACAAAGAAGCAACAAGACACACAGACAAGCGACAAAGAUACAACGACAAAGUGACCACAAAGAGUCACAACUUUACAAAACAUAGAAAUCUACUGAAAGACAAAAGACCAUCACCGAUAUGUCAGUUCUUUUCCCGUCAUGGUGUCAUGGACCCUAAAAGCUUUUAGUUACUUUACAAAACUAUCAGGUUGUCUGUUUUGGUCGAGUUUCAUGCAUCAUAGCCUGUUUUUAAUAGUUUCAUCUUAUCGAAUCAGGAGCCUUUCAUGCAGUUUAUCAACCUGUUUUAUUUGUUUUCAGUAAAUCAGAGUUUGGUGGCGUUAUUAAGCCAAGACAACGAUUAAUUUAAUGUUAUCAUUUGGCGUUCUGGGUGGCUGUGGGCGUUUGUGAUUCCUGUUGGCAGAUGAUUUACAUACAAAACAGUUGUGGAGCAGAAUAAGCAGAAAAACUCCAUAUUAAGACUCGUCAUUUUUGGUGCAGGAUUUAAACUUGUAAUGGAGGUUUUUCCCUCCUUCCACUUUUGACUACGAACUGCAGACACUUGGAAAUCCACACACAGACCCACAUAUUGUUCCAAUAGUCUUGGAUUUGACCUCUGACCCCCUGUGCUGCCCUAAGGGUCACGGCUGGCUCUCUCGCUCCUGAUCCUGCCGUGACCCCUGUUGCUUUUCAAUGACUUGGCGGACUGGCAGGACGGCUCCUGUGAAGUGUGAGGGUUCAGGGUUCAGACAGUUUUCAGGAGACCCCAAAAAUCCUGCCAGAGAAAGUUCUUUAAAUGUAGAUUUGCAAAUCAUCACCAGGAUGCCAUCUUUUUUUUAUUUAGCUGUGAUAAUCAGACACUCAGGACCCACAUGUGUGUUUCAGCGUAAACCCUGACUCACUUCCUGAGGCUUGUCUCCCUCUUGUGGCCACAGGUCAGAGGCACAAAAACCCAAACUGAAGCUGGAGGGCGCUUUUAAAAACCUGGAUGUGGUUUUUUCAGAGGCUGCGUUCGUCUGGUCAAACUGGUUCGUCUGUUUUUGUUCGCCUCAGAGCCUUUUGUUCUUUUUAAUGAGGACGGAUUGUCUCUCUUUUGUCAGUAGAUUUCAGAUUUGUAGGGAUUAUUUUCAGCGGCUGUUUUUGACCCUGGAUUUGAAGACUUAAAGGACCAGAUUUAGUCUUAUAAAGGAGACAUUCAUAAAUUUUAAUGAUAAUCUGGUGAGUUAACCUGAUAAAACAUCGAUUUUUCAAGUCAAAACGAGUCGAGUAAACUUUGUUAGCAAUAUUAAAACUCAGUGGAAGAACCAGAUGUUUUUUUUUUUGUUUAUCUCUUAUAUAUAUUUUUACUUUAAGAAAAGCUUCUACACUUCUCUCUUAAGAUCAAAAUCCAACAAUCUAUAACGUUCAUAGUUUAUUUUAAGUCCUUAGGGUCGUCUGACUGAUUUGCAAACAGGUUACAUACCGCAUCCACAAACAUACAUUACCAAAUAAAGAGACUAAAUGUUUAUUUCUGCUCUCUCGGAGACACAUAAUCAGUCAUUCAGUUGGACCCUCCGGGCUCCAGAAGAACAGACAGUUUCAAAAACAAACAAGUGAAAACAGAACGGAAAAGUGGGCUGGGUGAGUCAGGAAAAUUACCACGUUGAGAGUAUUGUUUCCAGGGAGUUUUGAGAGAAGUGUAAUUCACUUAGAAUAGUUAUCUGAGCAAAUUAAUCUCCAAAAAAAGACAGAAAAAAACAGAGAACCACAGCUCUUAAUUUUAUAUAAGACACUUUAGGAUUUGGGUUUUACUUUUAAAGGUGUACGCCGUUAAAAGAGAUGAAUUAAGCUAAAGUUUCAUGCAGAACUGAAGCUUCCUGUUUAAGGCAAAUAUCAGGUGUCAUUUAAAUGUUAAAAAACCUUCAAACACAGCUGCAGGCAUGUCCCUAAAAUUAGCAUAAUGUUAACAGUUGUUUAAAAUGUAUUAAAACCUUCAUUUAGAAGAGAAUUGACAUAUUUUAGAUUUCAGGCCACAAGUUUAUUCCCUAUAUUAGAUACUGAUUAAAUAUAAGUGUGAUUCUGUCUGUGUCUGUUAGUCUUUUCCUCAAGUAACCAGGAAAAAAAAAAGCAUAUUUAGGAUAAAUAUUGAAAUUAAGCCAAUCUAAAGAGGAUUUCCUUAAAUAAAAUAACCUUUGAGCUUUGUAGUUUUCAUGUAUUUUUUAGAACAAGCCUUUCUAGCUCAUAUAUUAAUCACUAGACUCACUAUAUGCUUGAAGGAAAAUGACUAAAAACAGGUGAGAGUAAGAAAAUCCAAUAUUUAACAACAAAAACAAACAUUUUCAGCUGUCUCAAAGGCUGUAUGCUCAUUUCUGUGGUGACUGGAGUUCAACCACAUGCUGGAGUAUAAUUAAAGAUGUCUAAAGAAGUUUAUCUUGGUUAGUUCAGGUUAUUUUCUUUAAUGCCAAAACCACGUGAUGACCGACUCACAAACAUAAUGAGUGUAUAAAACUUUUUAGUGUUCAUACCAUUGAAAAUUUUCACAUAAACAGUUCUCCUAAUGUGAAUAAAAUAAAUGUGAAAAUAAAUGAUAAUGUUUCACUCUAGGAAUUAAAAGUGACUGUACUGCACACCAGGUCAUUAUUUAAUAUAACUGAAUGACAGUUAAAUAAACCAGGAGCAGUGACGUGAUCUUUGAUGUCUAAUGAUUCCACUCAGAAGGAAGUUUCCGUGCAUCACAGCGAACGCCUCGGAGCAUUGUUUGUCUCCUGCGAGCACAAACAUUUGGUGUCUUUCCAUUGGAUGAUCUCUGGUUUUUAGUCACAGUUUGUCUCUGAACAAACAUGUUUAACUUAAAACGACGCAUAUUUAAAGUUCAUCUCUCUGAAAGACAGAAUUUCCCUGAACAGUGCUGAAGCUCUUUGUACCCAGAGCUGCCGCAAUCCACAGGUAAGCUAAACACCUUUAUUGGGCUUUAAAACACAGUUUACAGAUAAUCUCCAUGAAAUCUUCACUUUUUAAAAAAUUGAAUUGUUUCCUUUUAUUUCUUUCAGAAAAUGAGGAUCCAAAUAUUGCUGCUGGUCGCCGCUUUUGUGGCUGUAACCAGCGCAGCACCGCUCCAUUCUUCUGUAGCACCUGUCGCAACGCAUGUCACCUUGCAUUCAGUCCACCCAUGUAAGAAAAUGGAUUCUUGAUUAUUCUGUUGUACAUGUUUUAUUGUAUUUAUCCAAAGAACAAAUUCUAGAAAACUUCACUGAUAAAUCUUCUAAAAUUAUUUUAUUUCCUCAGAUUCUGAUUCGCCCCAACACGAUGAAUUCAUGGCAGAUGAAGCAGAGCUAGACGCUGCUUUCGCUGAAAUGGCAGAGGCAGAUGAUGAUGAGAUUAAUAUGCCAGAGUCAGAUGAUGAUGCUGCCGAAGAGCCAGAAGCAGAUGAUGAUGCUGCUGAGGAGCCAGAAGCAGAUGCUGCUGCAGUUGCAAAGCCACAGCAAGACACGGCUGCAGAUGAGAAGCCCCAGCUCGAUGCUGCUGCAUUUGCAAAACCCCAGCUUGAUGUUGCUGCUGCUGCUGAGAAGCCUCAGCUUGAUGCUGCUGUUGCAAGUUCUCAGCUAGAUGCUGCUGCAGUUGCAAAACCCCAGCUUGAUGCUGCUGCUGCCGAGAAACCCAAGCUUGAUGCCGCUGCCGCCGAGAAGCCCAAGCUCGAUGCUGUUGCUGCUGAGAAUCCACAGCAAGAUACAGCUGCAGUUGCAAAACCCCAGCUUGAUGCUGCUGCUGCUGAGAAACCUCAACUUGAUGCAGCUGCAGUUGCAAAACCUCAACUUGAUGCUGUUGCAGCCGAGAAGCCCCAGCUCGAUGCUGCCAAAGAGGCCCCAGCUCAUGAUGAACCCAAGGCGUACGUUAUGGAAGAUGACAGCUUCAUGCAGGACGCGCUGAACGACGAUACCCUCAUGCAAGACGCCCUUGAAAAUGAUCCACUCAGAGCCCAACUCUAUACUAUGGAAGAUGACAUAUUCAUGCAGGAUUCCUUCAAUGAUGACGUUCUCAUGCAGGACCCUGCUAAUGAUGAGAAGUUCAUGAAAAAAGAUUAGAAUUUAUUUGACCUGAAAGGAAAACAGAGUAAGUGAUCCUGAUGUUUGACGAUUAAAAGCCUUUUAAGAUGUUGGGGUAGCUAAAUUCCCGUUAAAAAAAAAACAAAAACCUGAUGGUAUUUCACAUGAAUGCACAACUUUUUCUCGUCCUGCUCGGAGAAUAUUUCUGACACACCUGUACAUGAAACUGCAAACCACGAGAUUCAUUAAAAAGAACAUUUCUAUUUGUA